UUGUUGACCUUGUAUAACAGCUGUCCAAACGACCAAAGGAGCCGGUGACAGUUGAAAUUACGAUUUAAUACAUUUUAAGUGCAUUUAUUAAUAUAAAAAGUCAAAAUGAACGGUCUUACUCUUCGUCGUCUUACUACAGCAGCUUUGAAAAAUGUUCGAGCAAAACAUGAUCUUCCUGAACUACCCUAUGAAUAUGAUGCGUUAGAACCUGUUAUUUCUAAAGACAUUAUGAACCUACACCACGACAAACAUCAUAGAACUUAUGUAACAAAUCUUAAUGCUGCUGAAGAAAAAUUAAAAUCUGCUAUAGAAAAGGGAGAUGUGAAUGGAGUUGCUGCAUUAUCAUCAGCAAUAAAAUUCAAUGGUGGAGGUCAUAUUAACCACUCAAUUUUCUGGAAAAAUCUGUCUCCUACAUCAACUAAACCUAUUGGAGAAUUAUGUUGUGCUAUAGACAGUAAUUUUGGUUCUUUUGAUAAGUUUCAACAAGCAUUUAGUGCUAUAACAGUUGCAGUUCAGGGCUCCGGCUGGGGCUGGUUAGGAUAUGAUCCAAAAUCUAAUUCUUUGCAACUUGUAUCAAUGCCUAAUCAAGACGCAUUGGAACCUACCACUGGAUUGAUACCCUUGUUAGGGAUCGACGUAUGGGAACACGCUUAUUAUUUGCAAUACAAAAAUAACAGAGCAGCAUAUGUGAAGGCGAUUUUUGAUAUUAUUAAUUGGGACGAUGUUUCUCAUCGAUACAUUCAGGCGCUGCGUAAUAAAAAAUGUUAAUUAAUCAAAAUCAAAUCUCAUACAUAAGCUUAUAUUAUAUCAACUCUUUAGUGUGUAUGAUUAAAGUUUUAGUCAUUUUAAAAUAAAGGGAAUGUAUGUAUAUGUA